ACUUCAGCCGCCAUUGAACGCCAACCCGCGGCUGUCGCAUCGCCAAUAUGGCUCUAAGUCGCCAGUCCCUCUCGCCAACUUCACAUCUGCUGCGCAAUUCCCGACUCUUCUCUCUGCCCAACCCUCUCCCACGCCCGCCUGUUAGCGAGUCCUUUGGCGCGGGCAUCACAAAGGCCUCGGAUACGGCAACCCUACCAUACCCGACGCACCAGGCCAUUGCUACCACAAAAGCCUCCCUUGCACGCGGUGAUUGGGGUCUGAAGCGAGCAAUUCCCUCACGGAGUCACCUUGUUCAAGUCAGUGACCCGGUCCUGAGAGUGACGCAGCUGGAUACCAUUGAGCAUGUCACCGACUUUGACUCGGCGGCCGACCAUGUGCGGACAAGGCAGAAGUGGGAAGAGAUGGGAAUUCCUAUGAUGAAGGGCAUGACGCAGAUGCGUGACCACGACUUAAGCGUAGCACCACCUGCAGGAGCUUUUGAGGUCCGCGAUGACACUACCAAUUACGACACUGACAUGGGAUUGGAUGAGGCUGACCCCAUCGUACACAACACCAAGCGGUGGAAGCAUGACGGUCCUUGGUUACCAGGUAUGGGAGCCGACGACUUUGUCGCCUAUCUCAGGAAAGAAAUCACUUCUCGCAAGAAAGAAUUCAACGGUUAUCUGGUUGAAUUUGUGAAGAACGAAAUCUACACGUCGCGCCGUCUGGCGGCUACAAAGUCGAAAGAACAGCCACCAAUGGAUAUCAAGGAAGCCGAAGAAUGGCAAGAGCGACAAGAAAAGGCCUGGCGUCAUAUUACACGCAACGACAUUGACACUGGCAUCAAGGCUCUCCGCAAAGAAACGGCCAACAAUCCGUUGGGAAGCAAGCUGGUCAGCAAACUCAUCCUCCCCUUCCUGAGGCUGCCGGCCAUCAAGUUCAAGCCCAAGGCAUGGGCGUCGGACGCAUCGAGCCGCGAUAUUGACCAAUACUCGUUUGAUCAAGAGACGGCACCGCUCUCGACGCAUCCCAGUGCCGGUCUCGGCUACCUGCGCACAAAAUCCUACAUGGCCAACCACCCAAUCCUCGGCCCGCAAGCCAGCCACGCACCGGUGCCUGCGCGCGUCGUGCAGGCGCGGCGCACAGGAACCAAGAAUGAAGCGUAUGCGCGCCUGGGCGUCGGCGGCUUCGUAGCAAACGACCAGUUCAAGAGCGCAGAGACCAUGUCGGCGUCGCGCGCCAACAUCAUGGGCGCAAAGGACGUCGAAACAAUCGACAUUGACACGCCUGGUGGCCGUAAAAUUCCCGUGCAACCCCUCUUUGGCAGCGUCACCAACGACGGCCGAAUUCACAUCAAGCUCAAGCGGUCCAUAGGGCCCGAGGUUGCCGUCGCGAGGGGCGAGCUCGACGAUCGCCCCCCGGUGCGCGACCACGUUGACGAGGAUCCGCUGCGGAGCCUGGGAGCAGGCAUGGGCAAGAGCGGCAUUAAAGAGCUGGAUGAGCAGAGUGGCGAGGCGCAAAGGUUCAGUCAGUUUCUCGAGAGCAUGACACCACAGGGCAAGGCGAGUCCCCCGCCGGGGUUUCCGGGCGUGGCAGAUGCGCUGAGGAGCGACUAGAAAAAAAAAGACACCCUUUUUGGGCAUACAUGUGAAUUGUAGUCUCUCUUCUUUUUGGGGGGGUUUGCUGAAGACUCAUCACCUGUAACAUUAUCUUGUAUUCAUGACAUGACUUUAUCUCUUCUUUUUUCCUUUCAUUCUUGCUAUCAUUAUCAUCCAACGCUUGUCGGCCCGGAAUUCGUACAUGCCUGGCUGUGCAUUGUCCCCAUUCUUUUCGUUCCCCGCUCCCUGGAAUUUUUUUUUGAUGUCGGCAUCUACUAGCAAGUGGGAAUACACACACACACACACUUUCUCAUGCAUAGUCUGGGGUGGCACGUGAACCAUGGCCAAUAUUUCCUGCCGGGUGUCUUGAGAAGACCAACACAUGACCUUUACAACCCGCAUGCAACCAGUCAGAUCAAAAUCAAGCCACC